AUGGACUAUUUGUCUGGGUCAAAUGAAGAAAUCCAUUCAGAAAACGGAAAUUCUUCUGACAGUAUAGAGAAAGAUGAUGAAGGAUGUACUGAAGGGGAUGAAGACUCUGGAAAGGAAUUAUGUGCUACCGAUAGGAAGAAAACGUAUCGAUGCGCUAGCUGUAGAAGAGCCGUUGAAGAUGUUCUAAUUUUUUCUUGCAAACAUUUAAUAUGUCUAGUUUGCGCUAGCGUACAGUUACAUAAAAAGUACGAAAAGUGUGUGAAGAUGUGUUCUGAAGAAAGAGACGAAAUGAAACGACCUAAAAAUCACAAGAUAAGCGAAUGCUUUUUAAAUUCCAAAGUUACAAGGAAUGCAAUGGAUGAUGACAAACUAAAUGAAUUAUUCAAAAAAGAAAAAUUAGGGUAUAUUAAAUGCUAUAUUUGUAAUGUUAGAAAUAAACUUACACUAGAUACCAUUGAGUUAUUAACAAAAGUUGGGUUAUUUUCCGAUGAUGUUUUGAAGGUUCAUACAUUUUAUUUCAAUUUGCAUAAAGGUGAGGAACAGCCAAAUGGAAGGGUGAAUGAAGAUGAUAUUAAAAAAAUGAGUGUACAUUUUAAUGAUACUUUAAAUAGUGAUAUUCUUAAAAAUGAAAAUUUAAAAAAAUUAUUAGUCUCAAGUAGUAUGUAUAAAUAUAUAGACGAGAAUACAGAAGACCUGAGUAAAUGUUCAUACAUAUGUAAUAUAUGUUCGUUUAAUGAAGCAGUGAUAUAUUGCAAUGAUUGUGUUGAGUAUCUAUGUAAAGAAUGUUGUAGUAGCAUUCAUGAAACGGAUGUAAUAAAUAAAGUGAAUUUUACUGACAGAAAAAGUCAUGAUUAUUAUGAAAUAAAUAAAAAAGGGUUACAAAUUAAAAAAAUAGUAAAAUCGCCAAAAAAGUUUUUACACAUAACAAAGGAAGAUAUAGAAAUGCCUCACGAUACGGAUGGAGAAAGUUGCGAGGAGAAUUUUAUGGGUAAAAAGAUGGGUGCUGACAAAUUUGCGGAUAAAUAUCCCAAGACAUUGUACAAAGUUUAUGAUGAUGAUGAUUCCGAUUUUGACAAUUAUGAAGAGAAUCAUUUUUAUGAGAAAAAAAAAAUGCUUAUUGAUAAGGAAGACACUAAAAAAAAGAGAAUUAUCAUUUCAAAGAAGCUGAACGAUUUAGUGGAGGACAUGAAAAAUGGAAGUAGCUACGACAGUGACAAUUCAUCUGCAAAGGGAACAACGGGAUCAACCACUUGCAUUGGAAAUGGAUUCAAGAAAGGAAAAAAUAAGAGAAAGAAUCGUUCAAGAAAUAAUACCAAAACUAAUGGAAAAUCCGACUUUCCGAAGAAAAAGAAAGAUCUUUUGCGAACUAAGAAAAAAGGUCUAACAGGUGAAGUGGAGAAUGGUGAAGGGAUAUGUCUUUUGUCAAACAGCUCCAUUUCCCAUAUGAAUGUAAGUUCAACUGAAAGUUCCUACUCCUCAGGUAAUAAUUCGGAAAGGGAAAUAUGCAUAACAAACAUAAAGAGGAGUACACAUAAAGGUGAUACUAAUAUUAUAUUAAAGGAUGAAAGUAUAAAUAGUACAAGUUUUACAACAAUUGAAAAUAUCAGAUGCAGCCAACAUUAUAAUUAUCCAAUACAAUAUUUUUGUCACACAUGUUGUAAUAAAUGCUUUUGCUCUGAAUGUGCAAUUAAUGGCAUACAUACAAAUGAGUGCAAUAUUGAAAAUAUAAAUACAGCAUUCAUUACAGUAUUAAAUAAUUAUCUAAUAAAAUGGAAUGAAAUUAUAAAUGAGUUAAUAAAUGAUUUGAAUAGAAAUUUUUAUGAGUCUUUAGAAGAUACUAAAAAUGAUUGGUCUUUGACCCUAAGUGAGUGCUACUAUAACUUGAAUUGUAAAAUAGGAUAUAUAAUUAAUAAUUUAUCAAAAAAAGAAAAAGAAAUAUUUGAACAGUUGGAUCUAUAUAUGGAUAAAUUUAAAAAGGAAAAUAUAAAUUACAUAGAACUUUUGAAUUCUAAAUAUGAUGAUAUUGAGAAAAUGAUUAACAUAAUUAGAGAUAACAAAUUUCAAAAUAACCCAAUUGAUAUGAUCAAAUUUUAUAGAGAAAAUAUCAAUGAUAUUGAUAGGACUAUAUUGGAAAAUAAUGAUUUUAAGCCAAUAGAAGAUUUGUCAAAAAUUAGACAGGACAAAAUUUUCUACAUAGAUUUGUACGCUUCUCAAAUAGUUAGUUACUUGAAGUAUUUGCAGGCCUUUCUGAAGCCGAGCAACUCUGUGCUGUCUUCUCCCUAG